GUAGAUGUACUGCGAACUGGGCGAGAUACGGGGCGAGAUGUCUCUAUGGGCCCUGCACGUGGGCUUGGCCGUUGAGGUGAUUGAUAGCGCCGUGGCUCGAAAGAGUUCUACGCCGUGAUGGCCGCGGCUUUGACAUGACGUCGUCAUGGCACGCCAGGGUCUGCCGAUUGUGUUCUCGAGCCCAGCCUUCUCACGGGCUUAGCUAUUGCUUGCUGCCCUCCCAGCCUCGAGUCCAGACACUGUAUCACCCUGUCUGUGUAGCAUGUCGUCCUCGAAUCCCGACGCCGCGCCGUUCUUGCAGUAUCACGAGCCCGAAAUCGUCGAAAUUCUUAUCCUGGUAUCUUUCUUCACCUUCUUAUGGCUCGCGGAGUACGUUUCGGCCAAGGUCAUCCGUGCCGGCAUCAUUGGUCCGAUUGCGGUUGGUAUCAUAUAUGGCGAGCCGUUGGCAAAUAUCCUCGAACAUGAUUGGGCUGAGACGUUUCUAUAUCUUGGCUACAUUGGCUUGAUCUUGAUUAUCUUCGAGGGCGGUUUGAGCACUCGCCUUGACCUGCUCAAGGCCAACUUCACGCUGUCGAUCUGUGGGGCUGCCACAGGCGUACUGUGUCCAAUAGGUUUCAGCUACCUCUUGCUGUAUCUUGGGUUCGGCUAUGGCGCUGUCGAGACCUUCAUCAUCGGCGCUGCUCUGAGCACGACGAGCCUGGGCACCACGUUUGCCGUUAUCUCAAGCGCCUCCAAGGACGUCGAUCUCAGCCAAACCAAAGUCGGCGCUGUACUCGUCAGCGCGGCCGUCAUUGACGAUGUGACCGGUCUUGUCAUGUCCAGUGUCAUCCACGAUCUAGGCGAUGUCGCGUCCGGAGGCAACGUCAACUUGGGAUGGUUGAUCGGCCGGCCUAUUCUCGCAUCCGCGGCCAUGGCAAUACUUACCCCAGUCCUCACCAAAUGGUUCUUUGCGCCUCUGUUUCGAAGAUACGUUGAGAGGCAUUUUCACAAGUUCGACCACUUGUCAAACAUUAUGUUGAUGAUCCUGGUAUUAUCUGCCUUCAUCUCAAUCGCUGCUUUCGCAGGGACCUCCAUCCUUUUUGGAGCUUUCCUCGCCGGCGCUUUCUUGACGUAUCUCCCAUCUACGCACCCAGAAGGCCCCUUUGUGGUCAUGAGCCGCGAAGAAGGCGAGCGCUCCAAAGACAAGUCCCCGACCUUUGUGCACACCUUUGAAGUAUAUUGCUUGGACGCGCAGCAGUAUGUACUUGGACCUCUCUUCUUUGCUAGCAUAGGAUUUGCGAUUCCUUUCCUGGAUCUUUGGACUGGGGAAGCCAUCUGGAAAGGCGUCGUAUACACCCUACUCAUGCUGGUAGGUAAGGCGCUCGUCGGUGUAUGGAUUCCAAUCUGGGGUGCCGCAAAGCAUGAUCCCCAGAAAGCACAAGAAGUACAAAACCAAGAAUCCGCGGCCGAGAAUGGAAACACCCUCGAGAAAGUCACCUCGUCGCCCUACUCACCCACCCGCAAAGCCGCGGUACAGUCCGCCGUCUCGCCCAUGCUCCUGUUGGGCAUGGCCAUGGUCGCCCGUGGAGAGAUCGGUCUACUAAUUGUGGAAAUCGGGUACAACAACACACCAUAUGUCUCUGCGGAGGGAUUCAUAACAGCCAUAUGGGCCAUCUUGCUGAACACAAUUAUUGGGCCUGUGUGCGUCGGUUUGGCCGUCAAAUACAGGGGUAAGAAGAUCGGCAAAGGACCUUGGGGCUUGGUUCCAGGCCCAAACCAGGCUAUCGAGGAAGAGAUGAACAGGAGGAGAGAGUCGCGUAUGAAUGAUCAGAUGCAGGAAGAGGGAGAAGCGAGGAUGGAGGCGCACCGUAAUAGUCGCAUGGGUUGAUCGAAGAGCUGUAUGAGAAAUGAGGAUUUUUAAGAAAGGCAAAAGUAGAUUUAUCGCGUUAUCGCAUGUUACAUAAUGUUUAUAUAAGAAGUAUCGUAUAGUAAGGUAUGAACUACAGCUUACCACUGCGACUAGUCGAACACGUUCUCUCUGCC